AUGAUCCAAUUACUUCCCAAUGAGUUGCAAAUUCAAGUUUUAUCUAAAGUAAUUACAAAAACAAACUUUAAGUACUUUUGUACACUUCGAACUGUUUGUAAAAAGUGGGGCAUAUUAGUUCCUUUAGUUAUGCAGGAAGUUGCUAUGUGCGAGUUUGUAAAUCCAGAUUUAUACUUUAGUUUAAAACUUGAGUCAAUAGACUGGAAAGUCGUUCUAUUUAAAAAUUCUCCAACAACCUAUGACUAUGAUGCUAAGACUUUUACUUUUCUAUUCGAUCAUGAUGAAUAUAAUCAUAUUUUUUAUAAUUAUCAAAAAAUCCCUAUAAAUGUCAAUUUUGCAGCAUCCAUGGAUAAUGGUAGGGAUGAUGAUGAUGACUUUAGUGUAAAUACAUUCAGUACAAAUUUUGGUAAAUUAACUUUCCAGGGGUUCGUAAAUGGUGAUAUCUAUAAACAUAAAUUCGAUCAUCAAAAUAGCUUGUGUUUUAAACGAGUGACUAAUGAAAAUAAAAAAAACG